UCGACUCUCUCACUGUACACCAAACUCGCUGCGCUCUGACCACUGCAACUUUUGCAGAGACUCCUCACUCCACAGACAUGUCGCACAAUAGCUGAAGUAAACCUGUCAUCGUGGCUCAUCAUCGGAGCCCAAGAGAAACACACCGCAGGCGGGAUUGGAGCCGCACAGCCUCCUCUUCUGUUGGCUUCUUUUUCUUCUUCUUCCCCCCUCGGAUCGGACCGUACUGUUUGAAAAACGCCUGGAUAUGAAUUAUGAGCAUUUUCCUCACUAAUGAACUGGGCCAGUAAUGCAGGAGACCGCGGCGACCCUCUCAUCAGUGUUCCAAGAUGGCAGAUUUUUAUUGAGUUUUGAACAGAAAUCUCGCUUUAUUUUUUGCCAUGAAUAACAGAAAUCCUUGCACCGAUGGCCCCUGUAUACGAAGGUAUGGCCUCGCAAGUGCAAGUGUUCUCCCCUCACACUCUCCAGUCAAGUGCCUUCUUUAGCGUGAAGAAACUGAAGGUGGAGCAGAGUUGUAACUGGGAUAUGACAGGGUACGGCACACACAGCAAAGUCUACAGCCACAACAGCAGCAAGAACGUGUCGGCCACCAGUGGCCCCCUAGGCAUCAACAGCUCCCUGCAGGUCGCCAGCUCCACCCUGCCCUACGAGCAGGCGCUCAUCUUCCCAGCCAGCGCGGGCCACAUCGUGGUCGCCUCAGCCAGCAGCACUUCGGGGGCCGUGGGGUCUCUGCUGGGCAGCGGGGGUGGAGGCAGUAGCAGCAACAGUAGUGGUGGUGGAGGUGGCGGGGGCGGCAGUGGUGUGGGCGGUGGGGUUGGAGUUCACAACCUGACACGCCGCAGCACGGUCAGUCUCCUCGACACCUACCAGCGAUGCGGGCUUAAACGCAAGAGUGAGGAGCUUGAUAACAACAGCAGCGUGCAGAUCAUUGAGGAGCACGGCCCAUCAAUGAUCCAGAACGGAGCAGCGAGCGGGGCCACGGUGGCCACGGUGGCCACUGCCACCUCCACGGCCACGUCCAAGAACAGCGGCUCCAACAACGAGGGGGACUACCAGCUGGUGCAGCAUGAGGUGCUCUGCUCCAUGACCAACACCUACGAAGUCUUGGAGUUCUUGGGAAGAGGAACCUUCGGACAGGUGGUCAAGUGCUGGAAGAGGGGCACCAACGAGAUAGUGGCGAUCAAGAUCCUGAAGAACCACCCGUCGUACGCACGGCAGGGCCAGAUCGAGGUCAGCAUCCUGGCACGUCUCAGCACGGAGAGCGCAGACGACUACAACUUUGUGAGGGCCUACGAGUGCUUCCAGCACAAGAACCACACGUGCCUGGUAUUUGAGAUGUUGGAGCAGAACCUGUACGACUUUCUCAAGCAGAACAAGUUCAGCCCUCUGCCACUCAAAUACAUCAGACCCGUGCUGCAGCAGGUGGCCACAGCGCUAAUGAAACUGAAGAGCCUGGGGCUGAUCCACGCUGACCUGAAGCCAGAGAACAUCAUGCUCGUGGACCCGUCUCGACAGCCCUACCGGGUCAAAGUCAUUGACUUUGGCUCUGCCAGCCACGUGUCCAAAGCGGUCUGCUCCACGUAUCUACAGUCCAGAUACUACCGGGCUCCAGAGAUCAUCCUGGGCCUGCCGUUCUGCGAGGCCAUCGACAUGUGGUCCCUGGGCUGCGUAAUCGCCGAGCUCUUCCUGGGAUGGCCCCUCUACCCCGGAGCCUCAGAGUACGAUCAGAUCCGGUACAUCUCACAGACACAGGGUCUUCCUGCAGAGUAUCUGUUGAGCGCAGGGACGAAGACCACCAGGUUCUUCAACAGAGAUCCAGACUCGACGUAUCCUCUCUGGAGACUUAAGACUCCAGAGGACCACGAGGGUGAAACAGGGAUCAAGUCCAAGGAGGCUCGCAAGUACAUCUUCAACUGUUUGGAUGAUAUGGCGCAGGUGAACAUGACGUCAGAUCUGGAGGGGAGCGACAUGCUGGCAGAGAAGGCCGACAGGAGGGAGUUCAUCGACUUGUUAACCAAGAUGCUGACCAUUGACGCAGACAAGAGGAUCACCCCCAUCGAAACGCUGAACCACCCCUUUGUUACGAUGUCACAUCUCCUUGAUUUCCCUCACAGCACACAUGUGAAGUCGUGCUUCCAAAACAUGGAGAUCUGUAAGCGUCGCGUCAACAUGUACGACACAGUCAACCAGAGCAAGACGCCCUUUAUCACCCACGUGGCCCCCAGCACCUCCACCAACCUCACCAUGACCUUCAACAACCAGCUGAACACUGUGCACAGCCAGGCCACCAACCUGGCUCCCUCCUCCACCAACAAUGCCACCCUUUCCUUUGCAAGUCCUGAUGUCUCCAUACUAAACUACCAAUCUGCACUCUACCAGCCCUCCGCUGCCUCCAUGGCAGCCGUGGCCCAGAGGAGCAUGCCCCUGCAGCCAGGGGCUCCUCAGCUCUGCGCUGCCCGGCCUGACCCCUUCCAGCAGGCGCUCAUAGUCUGCCCACCUGGUUUCCAAGGGCUGCAGGCUUCCCCUUCCAAGCACACCAGUUACUCUGUGCGGAUGGAGAAUGCUGUUCCCAUAGUGACGCAGGCCCCUGGUGCCCAGCCUCUGCAGAUUCAACCUGGCCUCCUUACACAGCAGGCCUGGCCCAGCGGCACCCAGCAGAUCCUGCUGCCUCCAGCCUGGCAGCAGCUCACCCACACCUCAGUCCAGCAUGCCACUGUCAUCCCCGACUCCAUGAGCAGCACACAAACUCUUGCCAACUGGAGGAAUUCCCACCCUCAUGGCAGCCAUUAUAAUCCCAUCAUGCAGCAGCCGGCCUUGCUGGCUGGUCACGUCACGCUCCCAUCCAACCAGACCCUCAAUGUGGGAGUGGCACAUGUUAUGAGGCAGCCGUCAACCAAUAACAACUCCUCUUCCAAAAAGAACAAACAGCACCAGAUGUCUGCCAGGAACAUGUCAGCCUACGAGGUGUCGUCCUCCCAAGUGGUGCUGUCUCCUCAGCGCUCCAAGCGGGUGAAGGAGAACACGCCUCCACGCUGCGCCGUGCUACAGAACGGCUCGGCCUCCAACUGUCCGCCCACGCAGGGCUGCGGGGGCGGGGGGUGGGGGGCGAGCGAAGCGGAGCAGGCUUCCAGCACCACCCGCGACCAUCAGCACCAGCACCACGUCCCCAGACAGACCAUCAUCAUCCCCGACACUCCCAGCCCCGCGGUCAGCAUCAUCACCAUCAGCAGCGACACGGACGAGGAAGACGACCACAAACAGAACAACAGUUCGUCUUCUAAGCAGAGAAAGAAUGUCAUCAGUUGUGUGACGGUCCACGACUCGCCGGACUCCGACUGUUCCAGCAACAACAGUCCCUACACCGUGGAGUCGAGACCCCCAAACAACAACAGCUACGACACAAAGACCACCAUCCUGGACAACUACAACAACGGAAACCCCCGCACCAUCAUCAUCCCCCCUCUCAAAACCCAGAACAGCGAGGUCCCGACCGAGUGCGAGCGCCUGAUGCCAGACGCAAUGAACCAUCAGAAUUCAGCUUACAAGUUCAAAUCCUCCAAUGGAGUGGCAUCUGGCAAUAAUCACAUACCAGGGGGCGUAACUGGAGGCGGGUCCUACCGACAGCAGCGCUCAGGGCCACACCCCCUCCAGCAGCAGCCUCUCAAUCUCAGCCAGGCCCAGCAGCACAUGGUAGCCGAGCGAAACGGAGGACAUCGGCGCCAGCAGGCCUACAUCACCCCCAACAUCGCCACCCAAGCCCCGUACUCCUUCCAUCACAACAGCCCCUCCCACACAGGCAACGUUCACCCGCACCUGGCUGCCACGCACCUGCCCAGCCAGCCACACCUCUACACCUACACAGCACCCGCUGCUCUGGGCUCCACCAGCACCGUGGCCCACCUGGUGGCAUCGCAGGGCUCGGCGCGCCACGCGGUCCAGCACGGAAGCUACCCACCGAGCAUCGUCCACCAAGUCCCGGUCAGCAUGGGCCACCGCGUGCUGCCCUCGCCCACCCUGCACCACAGCCAGUACCAGGCCCAGUUCGCCCACCAGGCCUACAUCAGCGCCUCGCCCGCCUCCACUGUCUACACUGGAUACCCGCUGAGCCCCACCAAGGUCAACCAGUACCCUUACCUCUAGAGAAGACACUGACUGACACUGGAGAGCCUGACCCAGCGCUGCUGCUUGCCUCAACCCCACCCUGAGCCCCCAUCCGACAUCCUAAACAUCCUCUCCUCAACCUCAGACAUAAACAGAGACAGAGGAACAUGCAAUCCUCAUGAAACUGUCACGUAUAACUUGAAGAUUUAACGACAGAGAGAAAAAGAAAAAAUACGAUUCACAGCCUCUCUAGAAGGGAAAGAUGGGGGGUUGGAUUUCAGAGGGGUACAGUUCAAGAAGUUUUCUUUUGAUUUUUUCUUUUCUUUUCUUUCUUGAAAGGGCCAGUUUUUGCUUUUAUUUGCCUGUUCUUUGCUUUAUUUUAUGAGGAAAACGACGUUUCAUUAGUUUCACAGGGAAGUUUGAAGAAGGCCUUUCUGGGACAGUGGAGGUUUUCUCGUUUGGUUUCUUUUUGUUUCCCCUCUUAUAUUUGGGAAGUGACUGUUGAACAGGGGUUACUGACUGGAAGUCUGGAAUCCCAAGAGAUUUGGGAAAAGGUGAAAUACGGAAACCUGCUGCUCUUCAAAGAAAAAAAUAUUGAUGGCCUUGAACUGUCUUAGUAUUUCCAAAUCAUUCGUGGUGUGGGGAGAAAACGAGAGGCAACUUCUCCCACUCCACCUCCUCCAGCAGAGGAGGCUUCUGGAAAUAUAACCAACAGAAGACAACAAACUUUUUAGUGUAUUUAUAGAUAUUUUCCUUUACGUUUCACCUUUCUGAUGAUACUUCAGUUUUAGCUAGGUGUCUUAGCUGGGCCCCGUUCUUAGAAUGUAGCAGUCUGCACCUGUUUGUUUAAGAAGAAAACUUUUUUUCUCUCCCCUGAUACCAAUAGAUUUAUUUGUUCCUCCUUUUUUUCUUUUUUUUUUUUCAAUGUGAUUGCACAAAGUGGUUAUAAUAACAUAGGCAUGUACAACGUGAUUGUCUGUGUGUGCUACUGUCAGCCAUGCGUGUGUAGUCCACCUCCUCAAAACCCUCUGCAGUCUUUAGGUUUUGACCAUUGUUCCCUCGUAGUGCCUUACAGAUAUAACAACACAGUUUACUUGGCUUGGAUCCUGAAAGCCACAAGAGACUAUAGCUAUACUUAGAGAGUCAUGUUUCCCUGGUUUGACAUCCUAAUCGGGGCAGUUGUAGCUCUCUUCCAGGUGUAGGCUCAGCCCUUGCUGUUCCUUGUCCUUAACGACAGCAUACCAUAGAUGAUGAAGAUUAAUGUCAGAGCUGGUAUCACGCUGAGCUGUUUUAUUAUGUGUGCAUGAGAUAACUUGCCUGGGGUACUUACCAAAGUCAUAGAUAAAUUCUUGUUACAUUUGCGCUGGAUAUUAAUGUAAAUAUGAAAAAAAUGUACAGUAUAGCUGUAGCUGUAAACCUCUAUCACAGUGGCACCCAAAAAACAACAACGUGGCUUUAGUUUGGAGUGUAUUUGUUUCUUUUAAACACACAAGGGAAUAGGCGCUAUCGCCAUCGCGGAGCAAAGCUCAGUUUUCAUGCACAAGGAAUGCGUUACAGUAUAAGACACAGUAGAGGUCGUUUUUUAAGGUUAAAAGCUAGUCCGAGAGAAGGGCCUGACAGGAAGUGAUUGUUGCCGUGAGGGUGAUUCUGUGAGGCUGGAGAUAGCCUGGCUGCAGCAAAACAAACAGAAAAGAGCAGAGUAGAGAGGGCUGUUUGAGAGAGACACUGUGUAGGCAUGAGUUAAGGGGCUGGUUGAAAGCGUAGGGUCAGUUUAGGAAGGGGCCGUGGAGGGCAGGGUGAAACUCACUAUCUUAAAUGGGACUAAAAUGGUAGCAAGUUGGCAAUGAGCAGGUUGAUAGUAACACUGAGCCCAGGUUGUGGGUAGGAGCCGCGGGAGGCAGCGAGCGGGCACUGCAUCACCCGAAUGCACACUUAAAAUUCUGACACCAAUUCUUUUGUUGUCGUCGUUUGUUUCAAUUGGAAGUUAAUUAGUCGCGCUCGAGGUUUUUGUGUUUUUUUGGGGGGGGUAGCGUCUCGGAGCUGCAGGAACAGAACAGAAGGGAAAUGCCGCAGCGUACACCUGGAAGGGCACCUUGUGGAUGGUUUGUUGCCACUGUCCAUUUGUCUUCGAACCAGGUACACCACAGACAUCACCACGCCAGCCAGACGGGAUACCUGAACACUUUAGAGAACCAAUAGGGCUGUUGCUUUGUGUGUUUUGCUGCUUGAUUUAACAGACUUCAUUUUCUCGUAGCCGAUGAUAGAAAUAAUCUCCCCCUCUGUUCAUUCGUCCUCCUGAACGUGGGCACAUCAGAACUGCUGGUGGUUUUAGUGAAAGCCUUCCCUCUCCUUCAUGCCAUAGUACUUGCAUUUGAAGUGAUUUUUUUUUUCUUUUUUUUUUAACAUUAUCUUGAACUUUUUGGACAUGGCUGUAGUACAUGUUGUGUUUAUUUUUUAGAGAUUGUUGCAAUAAUUCUUGUGGAUGUUUUAUCAGAGUGUGUGUGUGUGUGUGUGUGUGUGUGUGUGUGUGUGUGUGUGUUUUUAUUAUAUGUCAGGCUCAUUUCUAUUUUGUAACCUGGGGGUUGAUGUACAGUAAUAUUUAGUAUUCCGUGGAGGUGGGUGCACCUGUGUAAAGUGUUCCAACACUGCUGACGUGUUGAGUUGAUGAUAAUCCACUGGGGCCCCCUUACAGACACACACUUGGCUCGAGGGUGCCUCCACACCCAGGUUUUGAACAGUCCUAUGAUGGGCCCCGGAGUGGUCUUUCAUCCUGGUACUUUCCUCAAAAACUCUCCACUCCCCCCCCCAUCAGCUCCAGCAUGCAAGCCUCGGGUCCGGGCACUUAAAGAUGUGAUUACAUAGUGUGUUGCUGGUUACAUCAUUCGUCUCUGUUCUGUUGUUGUCGUCUUUUUUUUUUUUUUUCUUUAUAAUUUUAUUUGAUGUACUUAAUUUCCUCUGGGCCGCUGGGGCCUAAGCACACACGCAUAAGGGAGAUGAUUUUCCAUUGAAAUCCUUUGACUCCUCUGUUAUGAGACAAACUACUGAAACAUUCCACUGUCUGAGGGAAUCUGGCAUUACCCAUGCUACACUGCUGUCCCGUCCCCCCAGCCCUCCAGCCCCAGCUCUCGUCGGCACGGGGAUGAUGUUGUCACACUCUGACUCUUUUGCUCGUCCCACCAAAGAAUUCUACCAGAUCGACCGUGUACAGCACAGCACACCUACAGUACAAGCAAUCCUCCGCCGCGUUGCUUGAGCAAGACAGGCAAUAACUUCUGGUCUCAUCUUUAACAUGAUAUUUUUAAAAGUGCUUUUGAGGACAUGUUGUUUUUACCACCAUGAUACACAAUAUACAAGUGCACAGGGCGGUUCUGGUUCACGUCAUGCAUACAGCUCAGUCAUUCGAUUCUGGACAGUUCAGCCAUGAGAACAGCUGCAGUCUGUUUUAAUUCCUGUUUUUGCUUUCAUUACUCUUCACACUUUGCCCCUGCCUAGAUUAAAUCAGUAUAAUUAUCUAACCUCUCUCCAAAUCGUUUUAUAAGCCAGUUUUUUUUUCUUCUGUUGUUGAUGUUGUAGCUUUAUUAGUGUUGUACGAUUUGUAAAACAACAACAACAAAAAAAGGUUUGUUUCACAAUAGCGUGCCAUGGAACAGAACGACCUGUAAAAAUGAAUUAAUCAAAAGAAAAACAACAGCUAUACCUUUAAACCAUGGUCACCUGCACAAAAUGAAUGUAAUACGUGACCUGCGACAUCUGGAAAUGGCUUUAGCUCCGUCUCAGUGGGUGACCCUUAGUUUAAUUUCUACACCGUUUGUGGCCACGCAUGAUGCAAUAAUUAUACAUUUGAUCUCCAGGAAAAUCCCAUCUGAGACUAAUAAUGUAAAAUUACCACUAUCCUCAUAAUUAGGGGGGGAUAUCAAAUAAUCACUAUUUUGUCGACUGAAACGAGCGGUUACCCAGAAGGCGCGACAUCGUGGAAGAUAACCUGACGUGUACGAUACCUUUUGUCUCUCAUUUGGUUUCACAUAACCGACGUUUUGUGUUUUAUACAAAAGAAAAAAGAAAAAAGGGGAAUCAGAAAUGUGAGCAUUAAUGUAGAUCGAGUGACCUUACAAUUACCAAAAUGUGCUUAAGUAGAGUGUGAAGAUGUUUCUGUGUCGCUGAGGUGAGUUUAGCCUUCCCAGCUAGCAACUUUAUCGUUAAGUACUGCCUUCCAAAUAACCAACAAUACCUCCAAAGCUUUAAGGUGACAUUUAAAUUAGAGAAAACUAAAAAAAAAACAAAAAAAAAGGCAGCAUCUCUUUCUCUCUCUCUCUGUCUCUCUCUGAAGCCUGGCAUUCUCCUAUGAAAUACACUCAAACUUCCAGUGUUGCUCCCGGUGUUGUCGUGCGUACUCCUCGUCCUGGAGCUUCGGAAACGCUCAGAAACAUUCCUGAGAGCGCGGCACAGUGCUACAUUAGUCUUCUUCGAAACAAACUCCUCUAGGGUGACUUGAAGCUUAGUAAGUGAACAGACAACCUGCAACAUCAAACCACACAACACUUGCACGGUAGAGAAAUCGUUUGGCAAAGUCGCAGCUGCUUCCCAAAGUACAAAGACGUGGAGGACAGGUGUUCGGUGGAUAAAUCAUGUGCUGAUGAACUUUCUGUCACCAGGAAAAUUCAUGAUCUAGUUACACAAGCAUUCUUAAAGCCCUUUUGGAUAAGAGUGUAUGGUUUGUUUUUUUUUUGUUGUUUUCUUUUUUUUUCUUUUAAACCUUUGUUAAGGGGAUCUGCUCCUUUUGCUGGCUAUUCCUUGGGGGAAUUCAGGGUGCGGUGGUCAAGGUUUGAUGCCAUCACUGAUGGAGGGUGUCAGGUUAUUGCAAAAUACGAAUUUAAAGAACCAAAACUGAAGCAAAUAUGAUUUCCUGCCAUCAGUAAUUGGUAUAAUACGAAACAAGGAUUGAUUUCUGCCACCUGGUUUCUCUAAAUUGUAAUACUUGGGUCCCCUUUUCAUAACAUAAAAAGCUAACCACCAAGAAGAUGUUUUUUGUGCCGAUAAUUGACUUAAAAUCUGGAUGUGGUCGAUCAAAGCCAGAUUUUAUUGGUUACGCUGCAAAAAAUAUCCGUCUGAAGCUGGAGGUCACGUCAAAAAUCACAAUCCUCACAACGAUAAGAGUAAAUUAGUGAAGUUAUUAAAUAGCUACUCGCACAAUACCGCUUAUGAAAGCGAUAAUUAACAUUUUCUAAAGACCUAAGAGUGCAUCAAACCCUGACCCCCUUUCGUGUCCAUUGCUGUAUGGUUUCUCAAUGGUGUAAAAUCUCAUUCUUUGUCGAUAAAGCUAAUGUGUGCUGCAGUAUUUCCUAGUAUACUUCUCCGUUAAUUGUCUUUUCUUAUUUACUUUUUGUUUAUUGGGGUGUGAUGUCUCAUUAUUUCGAUCUGUUGAUGUAGCGUUCUAUGUAUACCCUGUUCCUUAGCCUAAUAUUAUUAAGUAUGUUAUGAGAAUGGAUAUUUUACUGGCUUUAUAGAAUGUUUAAAUAAAUAUAAUAAUGACAAUAAGAAAAAGGAUUAAUUAAACCUCCUAACAAGUUGAGUACUUGCUACUAAGCGCUUGUGUUACCAUUAUGAUGUUGUGUGCUUCUCUUAAUCAUUUUCGUUGUAGAAAAAUGGAGUGAAUUUAUAUUAGGCUUCGAAAAAACUAAUGAUAGCAUUGUAAAUUUUACAGGAGGAUUUUAACAGACAAACAGCUUCGUCAAAUAGAAGAAUAUAGUUAUUUUAAUUGUCCUCUUUACUAACUGUAGGGUGAGAAGGGGCUCGCGUUGUGGUGAACUAUGUUAUAGCUUGUUAUUCACUGUUACUUUUGAUCAUUUUUUCGGUCUCCGAGGUGAAUCGAGUUAUUAAUGAGAAUUUGUAUGCUCACAUAUGCAUAUUGUAUAUGUGUAGAAAUGUAAUCACACUUUGUCUUGGAUUUACAUUAAACUGUUAAGUCACGGCA